AUGCGGCGCCCGCGGCGGCCUGGGGGUCCCGGGGGAUCCGGGGGUCUCCGGGUGCUCGUCUGCCUCCUGCUGCUGAGCAGCCGCCCGGGAGGCUGCAGCGCCAUUAGUGCCCACGGCUGUCUGUUUGACCGCAGACUCUGCUCUCACCUUGAAGUCUGUAUUCAGGAUGGCUUGUUUGGACAAUGCCAGGUGGGAGUGGGGCAAGCCCGGCCCCUUUUGCAAGUCACCUCCCCAGUUCUUCAGCGCUUACAAAGUGUGCUCCGACAGCUCAUGUCCCAAGGAUUGUCCUGGCACGAUGACCUCACCCAGUAUGUGAUCUCCCAGGAGAUGGAGCGCAUCCCCAGGCUUCGCCCCCCAGAGCCCCGUCCAAGGGACAGAUCUGGCUUGGUGCCCAGGAGACCUGGUUCUGCUGGGGAGCUGCUUUUACAGGGCAUCCCUACUGGCUCCACCCCUGCUGCCCAGCACCGGCUUCCUCAACCUCCAGUGGGUGGGAGUGGUGGUGGGGUGGGCUCUCCACUGUCCUCUCUGCAGGCUGAACUGCUGCCCCCCCUCUUGGAGCAUCUGCUGCUACCCCCGCAGGCCCCCCACCCUGCCCUGAGCUAUGAACCUGCCCUGCUGCAGCCCUACCUGUUUCAUCAGUUUGGCUCCCGUGAUGGCUCUCGGGGCUCAGAGAGCUCACCUGGGAUGGUCAGUGUCGGCCCCAUACCCAAGGCCGAACCUUCUGCCCUCUUCAGCAGAACUGCCUCCAAGGGCAUGUUUGGGGCUCACUCUGACCACUCCUACGGGGACCCUCCAGGGCCUUCACCUGGUCAGCUUUUCCAGGAAUCAGGGCUUUUCUACCUGGCCCAGGAGCUGCCAGUGCCCAGCAGGGCCAGGGCACCGAGGCUGCCAGAGCAAGGGGGCAGCAGCCGGCCAAAGGAUUCUUCAGAGGGCUACGAGGAAGAAGGGCUAGAAGGUCACAGGGAGAAGCUUCCUUCUCCAGCAGAGCAGCCAGCAGAUGUGACUCUGCAGAGACUGGCAUCUGUGCUGGCGGGCUAUGGGGUGGAGCUGCGUCAGCUGACCCCUGAGCAGCUCUCCAGCCUCUCAACCCUGCUGCAGCUGCUGCCCAAGGGCUCAGGACGAAAUCUGGGAGGGGCUGUAAACGUCGGAGCUGACAACAAGAAAACCAUUAGUGACCAUGCUGCACUCAUUCAAUCCUUUAUUCAUCCAUUCAUCCACCUGACUCACUUUUCUGGUGUGGUGGGACCGGCCCUCACCUUCCGCAUCCGACAUAAUGAACAGAACCUGUCUUUGGCUGAUGUUACCCAGCAAGCUGGGCUGGUGAAAUCAGAACUGGAAGCACAGACAGGGCUCCAGAUCUUGCAGACAGGAGUGGGACAGAGGGAGGAGGCGGCCGCAGUCCUUCCCCGGCCGGCCCACGGCACCUCUCCCAUGCGCUCCGUGCUACUCACUCUGGUGGCCCUGGCGGGUGUGGCCGGGCUGCUGGUGGCUCUGGCAGUGGCUUUGUGUGUGCGGCAGCAUGCACGGCAGCGGGACAAGGAGCGCCUGGCAGCCCUGGGGCCCGAGGGAGCCCACGGUGACACUACCUUUGAGUACCAGGACCUGUGCCGCCAGCACAUGGCCACAAAGUCCCUGUUCAACCGGGCGGAGGGCCCGCCGGAACCUUCUCGCGUGAGCAGCGUGUCCUCCCAGUUUAGUGAUGCGGCCCAGGCCAGCCCCAGCUCCCACAGCAGCACGCCAUCCUGGUGCGAGGAACCCGCCCAGGCCAACAUGGACAUCUCCACAGGGCACAUGAUUCUGGCGUACAUGGAGGACCAUCUGCGGAACCGGGACCGCUUGGCCAAGGAGUGGCAGGCCCUGUGUGCCUACCAGGCAGAGCCCAACACCUGUGCCACCGCCCAGGGGGAGGGAAACAUCAAAAAGAACCGCCACCCUGACUUUCUGCCUUAUGAUCACGCUCGCAUCAAGCUGAAGGUGGAGAGCAGCCCUUCUCGGAGUGAUUACAUCAACGCCAGCCCCAUUAUUGAGCACGACCCUCGAAUGCCAGCCUACAUAGCCACACAGGGCCCGCUGUCCCAUACCAUCGCAGACUUCUGGCAGAUGGUGUGGGAGAGUGGCUGCACUGUUAUCGUCAUGCUGACCCCACUGGUGGAGGAUGGUGUCAAGCAGUGUGACCGCUACUGGCCAGAUGAGGGGUCCUCCCUCUACCACGUAUAUGAGGUGAACCUGGUGUCGGAGCACAUCUGGUGCGAGGACUUCCUGGUGCGCAGUUUCUACCUGAAGAACGUGCAGACCCAGGAGACGCGCACGCUCACGCAGUUCCACUUCCUCAGCUGGCCGGCAGAGGGCACUCCGGCGUCCACCCGGCCGCUGCUGGACUUCCGCAGGAAAGUGAACAAGUGCUACCGGGGCCGCUCCUGCCCCAUCAUUGUGCACUGCAGCGACGGUGCAGGGAGGACUGGCACUUACAUCCUCAUUGACAUGGUACUGAACCGCAUGGCAAAAGGAGUAAAGGAGAUUGACAUCGCUGCCACCCUGGAGCAUGUCCGUGACCAACGGCCCGGCCUCGUCCGCUCUAAGGACCAGUUUGAAUUUGCUCUGACUGCUGUGGCGGAGGAGGUGAACGCCAUCCUCAAGGCGCUGCCCCAGUGA